AUGUUAUCCGCCUUUAAACCGCGACCGCUCGUCGAACUUAAACAACGCGACAAAUCCAAGAUCGAAUCGAUUCUCGCGUACGGUGACCGUUUACUUGUCGGCCUAAACAAUAGUAACCUCAGGGUAUAUAGAGUCAAUGAGGCUACUGAGACUCCUAAAACUGCCGAGGGAAAUGGUCAUACACCCGAGAACGCCGCAAAGGACGAGCAGGAAGAGUCUACAGUGAAAUCGGUCGACCUACUACGCGAAUACGAGAAAUUUACCCGGUAUAAAGUCGAACAAUUUGCAUUCAUUAAAGAGGCGAAUAUCCUAGUUGUGUUGUCUGGUGGUUAUAUUUCGCUGCACGAUUUGCAGAGCUAUGAGCUGCAAGAACAGCUUACGAAAACCAAAGGAGCAAGCACAUUUACCGUGACGUCGAAUGUCAUUAAUGAUGUGGAGAAUGAUUUACCGUCGAUCGUGUCCCGUCUGGCUGUGGCCGUGAAACGCAAGAUUCUCCUCUGGACCUGGAAGGACAUGGAAUUAGGUCCUGACGUGACGGAGAUCACUCUCGUUAGCGGAAUAAAAACCUUGACAUGGAUAUCCGGGACAAAACUGAUAGCGGGUCUGGGCUCAAAUUAUGUUUUAGUGAAUAUUGAGACCAAGGAGACAAAUGACAUCGUUGGGCCUGGAAGCAUCGGAGGCGGGCAUGGACAGGAAUCAAGCCGAUUAGGCGGCGUCGGAGUCGCCAGUAUGAGCUACAUCGGGAUGGGAGGGAUGGUACCAAAGCCUCUAGCCACUCGAUUAAGUGAAGGUCAGGUUCUUCUAGCCAAGGAUAUCAACACCCAUUUCAUCGAUAGCGAGGGCAAAUCCUUAGGGAAACGACAAAUACCAUGGAGUACCGCUCCCGAAGCUCUCGGUUACUCGUAUCCGUAUCUUCUGGCGUUGCAGGAGCCCUCAAAGGGAACACUGGAAGUUCGAAACCCGGAUACGUUGUCUCUUUUGCAAUCGAUAUCUCUCCCUUCUGCUAGUCUGCUCCAUAUGCCACAACCGAAUAUUAGUUUGGCGCACGCCGGGAAGGGAUUCCUAGUAGCUAGCGACCGGGUUAUCUGGCGGAUGGAAGCUUUAAGCUACGAUGACCAGAUUGAUGCGUUGGUUGAAUAUGGGUAUCUAGAUGAAGCAAUUAGUCUCCUCAAUAUGCUUGAGGACGCACUUUUGACGGACAAAGCAGGUCGAUUACGUGAAGCACAAUUGCAAAAGGCCCAGAAACUGUUCGAUCUCAGAAAGUACCGUGAUUCGCUUGAUCUGUUUGCGGAAGUCUCAGCACCUCCUGAGGUUGUCAUAAGACUCUAUCCAAAGGUCAUUGCCGGGGAUCUAUCAACUGUCGAGGAGGACACAAGUCAAUCUGAUGAUGAAGAGUCUACCACAUCUAAAGGUCAGAAUGGAGUACAGACAGUCACAGAUGUACUCGCUAUAGAAACUUUAUCUCCUGCCAAAACUUCUAUGUAUGCGCCGUCUCUCACUUCAUUUCUUCGUACUAGAGGUGAGGAGGGCAGUGAUGACGGUAGCAUUCGAGGGAAAUCAAGUGAAAUCUUAGAGACAGAUAAAAAGCUGGAAGGAAAAGAUCUCAAAAAUGCAGUACGCGAGCUGCAAGGUUAUUUAGCAGACGUCAGGCGCCGAUUUCAAAGGUUCCUCAAUCCAGAUGGCUCUCUACGUACUGAAUCCUUACACCAGGACGGGGCGAAUAACGAAUUUCUAGAGUCUGUGCGAAUGUUACUCGGUCUUUCGCAAGAUGUCAACGAUGUCCAGUUUGGGGAUCGUUUACGAGAAAGUGCUAAACUAGUUGACACAACACUAUUCAGAGCUCACAUGUAUGCUACACCCAGCUUGGCAGGGUCUUUAUUCCGAAUCGCCAACUUCUGUGAUCCGGACGUCGUAAUGGAAAAGCUAGAGGAACAAGGCCGCGACACCGAGUUGAUCGACUUUUACUACGGCAAGAAGAUGCACCGCCGGGCGUUAGAAUUGCUCCUCAAGUUCGGCCAAGCAGAGGCAAAAGAUGGAGAAGAAGAGGAGAACUCAAUGACAGCACAGCUCCGUGGUUCGAAACGGACAGUUGCUUAUUUACAGCAUUUAUCUUCGGAGUACAUUGAUUUAAUUCUUGAGUUUGCAGAAUGGCCUCUACGGGAAGACCCCCAGCUCGGUAUGGAUGUCUUCCUGGCUGAUACUGAGAAUGCAGAGACAUUGCCUCGACAUCGAGUCGUUGAAUUCCUUGAGAAGAUCGAUGUCGCCUUGGCGAUUCGUUAUCUGGAACAUGUUAUCGACGAGCUGAAUGAUUUGAGUCCGGAUUUACAUCAAAAGCUGUUACACCUCUACCUAGAUCGCCUAAAGUCCUACGAGAAGACCAACGAAGAAGAGAAGGAGACGUAUAUUCUCUGGCAGACAAAGUUCUUGGAGUUCCUGAAAUCAAGCUCUCAGUAUUCUCCAGCGAAGAUGUUGAACGUUUUGCCUCGCGAUGAUCCGAAUUUUUAUGAAGCUAGAGCGAUUGUGUUUAGUAAGAUGGGACAGCAUCGGCAGGCAUUGGAAAUCUAUGUGUUCCAAUUGAAGGAACAUGAAAAGGCCGAAGAGUAUUGCAAUCACAUCCACAUCACAGAGGAGACGAGUACGGCCGAGGUAGCUCCAUCCCAGCGUCUAGCGCCCACAGAUGCUGACAACACCAAACCAACAAUCUAUCUAACAUUGUUAUCCUUGUACCUUUCUCCUCCACAUGGCUACAAAGCGCAAUACGGCCCAGCAUUGGAUAUCCUUGCCAAGCAUGGGUCUCGACUACCCGCAAACUCGACUCUCGAUCUCAUCCCUGAAGAUAUCGCAGUGCAGGAGCUCGAGUUCUAUUUCCGCAACCGAAUUCGUGCUGCAAGCUCAAUUGUGAACGAGGCCCGCAUUGUCGCGAACCUAAAAAAGGUGCAGAACAUAAAGACCCAAGCUCAACUUUUGGUGGGAGAGGGCCUCCCGAACGAUAAUAAAGCCCGGAGUCGACAUGUGGCAAUUACCGAUGAGCGCGCAUGUGGCAUUUGCCAUAAGAGAUUGGGUGGGAGCGUCAUCAGUGUGUUUCCAGAGUACGUUCCUUUUGCUAUCAUAGACUGUAACGAGGACGAUCACUAACACCAGAUAUAGCAGUAAUGUUGUUCAUCUUGGCUGCGCAAAUCGUUUGACGUCGAAUCAAGUGGCGCCGUGAUUAUUUUCUCGCUCGGUGCAUUAUAUAUCUCACACGUCUCAUCAUAAAUUCAUACCAUUUGACUCGGGAUUUUUUGCCUGUUUGUUUUGUUUCUGUCUUUUGCAUGUUUCUAGCAUGAAGUCGUGUAGAUUUCUUCCGUGUACAGUUGAUACCCAAAUUGGAGAGGAGUUGUUUUGUCGAAUAUCAAUGAAAAAUCAUAUAGAUGUCGGUUGUCGGCGACUCUGAAGCCUGAAGCAAGAGCAUAACCAGUGUAGGAAAAUUCCUCUCUAUUCCUCUAAGUGCCGUCGUAUUUUCUAGGCAUCAUCCUCAACAUUCUCCUCCCCGUAAUUCUCCUCUUCCUUCGCUUCUUGUUCCGCAUCCUUGCCUGUCCCUUCUCCGGCCCUUUUCUUAUCUUCUUCCAUCCUCUCGGUAAGGAACACGUUUACUUCUGCUUGAACGAGAGUAACCAAACCACGUAGUUCAGAGAGGUAAGCCUUCUUCGCAGCGACGGAUUGUUGUGGGCUGUUCGUCUCCAAAGAUGCGGCGAUCUUAUGACGGAAUGUGUAUGAGGUGUGCGGUGGUUGGGAGGAGGAGUAGGCUGCGGAUAUUGCUGGUUUAUGAGUUGUCAUUUUGUUGUUCCAAUUUAGUCCUGUCUUUUGAAAGUAAUGCAGUCCAAAGUGA